GAAGGUACUUGGAGUCACAGUAGCGGGGAAUUAUUCUUCUAAUCGAGCUUGCUGCGUUGGUGGUGGGUUGGAUAAAAGAAGAUAAUUCCGUGUUCAAUGGCAUUUACGGUGAAUGUCGUUGGUGCUGGCAAUUAUGCCGUGUUUUCCACAUAAUUGUGGGAAAGGUCCUGUGUCAUACCAUCCGUGGGUGGAGAUUCACUGACCGUGGAUCAGUAAAUCUGAUCAUUUGGCAAUCUUGCCGUGUCGACCGCGCUGUGGUACGGUCGGGUCGAUUUAUUCGACUGUGGAUCAGUCAAUCUGGUCGUGUAAGGACAGCCGAGCUGAUGUGGGGAACGAACGGAUUACGGGUGAGGUGGCGUGUUCCAAAACUGUGGACUCACUACGCUCAUCGGUGACAAGGGACGUCACCACAUCAGUAUGGCCGAAUGUAGUCCUAAUUUUUUCCAGACCCUAGUCUCAUGGCUAGCGGGUGGAGGGAAUGUGCGAGCUAAAUGUCCUAGGCGGUGGAUGUACGUGUGAGCGUCGUCCAUCAGCACGCUCCGGUAUGAGUCAGUCUAUUGCUGAGUUUCGUUGGGAGCGCAUGUGGGGCAUUUAGUUAGCUGCGCCCUACCGCUCAAAUAGAAUUCUAGGUAGCCCAACUUAAUUGGACUACAGAAUGCUGAUAAGUUGGAGCAAGGAAGACAAGUUUAUAAGAAUUCUAGCCAGAACUACUACAGCUACCACGCAGGCUACCCUUUUAUUCAGAGACCCAUUUAUGGGAAACCUACAACGUCCAAACCUUCUUUUGUUGCAACUCAGGAUAAAAUAAGGAUCAUUUCGGUUUUUUUCCCAGUAAUUGAUGAGCAAUGCAACAGAGUUUUUUUCAUGGAUAAUGGACAAUUAGUCUACUAUGGAAAUACAACUUAUACCAUACAGAAGCCGGCUAUAGUCGUUGUAGGUCUCCCUAAAGAUGGAUGUUGGACAAGGAACUUUCCCAUCAUUCGUCGAAGUGAAAUUCCCAACAGGAUUGCUGCAAAGGGUUACAAUGGAUUCAUGGCUGCAACAAUUGACUACCAAACCGAUGAUUCAUGCGAUGAUAUCUUCCUCUACAUCCCGAAUGCCUUCCACAGCUACCUCGUUGUCUAUGACUACAAAAACGACGACUCCUGGGCAUUUGAGCAUGAAAGCUUCCUUCCUGUUGUUGCAGAAUCUCAUUUUGUGUUUAAGAAGACUUUUGAGUAUGAAAUGCAAAUUGGAAUAUUCUCUGUAAUACUUGGAUAUUCUGAUGAAAAUGGUGACAGGAUAGCCUAUUAUACGAAAAUAGCAGGAACAGCUCAAUACUCCGUCUCUACGAAAGUUCUAAAAAAUCCCAGAAAUUCCCCGAAGAAUUACAAUAGAGAUGAUUUUAAGAUUAUGGGCUACAGAGGUCCUAAACAUCAGGCUCUUAGGACCGUCAUAGAUUACAUGCAUGGCGUAAUGUUCUAUGCUGAAGUCCAAUCAAAUCAAAUACGCUGCUGGAACAUCCGUAAACCCCUCAAUCCCGACAAUAUUGGAGUUGUUUUUGAAUCAGAAGAACUUCUCUUUGGUAUUAAUGCUGUAAUUGAUUCUCUGGGCUAUCUCUGGUUCCACACAUCGCAUAUCCCAAUUGAUUUUAUCACAGCUAUUCCCCUGAAUCUUCAAGAAAUCAAUUCCCGGGUUUUUCGUGUCAAGGUUGAGGAUGCAAUUAAGGGGACGGUUUGUGAAAAUUAA